UGUGUUACAAAACACUUUGGUUGCCCAAAAUCUGCAACAAGCGAAUAGGAUCGCAUUUACUAAUACUCGAUGGCGCGUAGUGACGUUAAGUGGUCAAUUGAUUGACAAAUCUGGCACUAUGAGCGGCGGAGGUAACCAAGUGUUUAAAGAUGCUAUGAAUUCAAAAUUUUCUCCGGACAUAACAUCCGAGACAAUCGCGAAAUUGGAAAAGGUUCGUAGCCACUUUGAAAUGCAGUGGAAAGAAUUAAAUGAAAACGUUAGAUCUUUAGAACCUCAACUUCAAGGGAAAAAGGAUAAGAAGCGGAAAGUGGCUGAAGAGGCUCAUAAGACUCAUGAAGAACUUAAGACGCGUUUAGUGGCUGAAGAGAAGGCUUAG